UGCUUUGUACCAACAGGGUUGGUCCUCCCCUCCGGCGAAUAUUGAGAAACAAUUAACUAAAAGACCACGCAACACAACUGUCAGAGAAUCAUAGGCCUCUUUUUUUCAAGCCCCAAAACAUUAUAAUAUACAGUAUACAUAAAUAAAAAAAGACGAUAAUGGUCCACAACCUCAUUGUAAGCAUCUUUGGAUGGACACAAGUCGCAAAACUAGUGGCAUCUUUCUCGCCUCCAUUAUUAAACAAACAACAAAAAAUCAUUAAUCCAUUAGAAAAUGACGUAAUCCGAAAAUCAUUAGUAUUAAUCGGUGGCUUUCCAAUAUUAUUGCAAAACGCCGACGCCUAACGCGACUCAUCACAACACAAACGCGUCUUCCUUGUUUCUUUUCCUUUCUCUAUCACAAAACGAUUACUUCAGAAAAGCAAAUUCAUUAAAUUAAAUAUAUAUAUUCCCUUCUUUAGAAGAAGAACAAGGUACUUUGGUCGGCCUGCGCAAAAAAAAACCAGAUCUCUUCUCCCCCGACUAAAACCUUCUUCAGAUCAGUUUAUUAAAACACCCUGCUCUAUCCCCACCCAGAAGAAAAAGUUUCGAUUUUUAUAUAUAAAUUUAGUGGAGAAAAAAAAAGAAAGAAGAGGAAGAAGAUGAUGAUGGAGUAUGAGCAUGGGAAGAAGAGGAAAGUUCGGAACAGACAGCAUCAACCUAAAGCACACUUCUUGUCUCUAAGGUAUCUAACGAUAUGCCUUUGCUGUUUCUUCGUCUUGCUCUUCUUCUUCUUAUCCUCCGACCGAAUCUCCGUCCGUUCCGAUUCUCUGAGACCGUCUCUCCGCGUCCCUGCUCUCUCCGUCUUAUCUUCGAUGGAUUCGAUUCAACGCUCGUUUCACGGUAGGUUCCCUCCGCUGAGAGUCGGAGACAGAGUCCAGUUCCCCGACCAUGUGCUGCUGAUUCUCUCCACCAGAGUCGGGAGAGGAGUGAAGGAACUAGUUUGUGUUUAUCACGGAGGAAGAAAGGAAGAGACUUUGGUGUUGAAGUCGAUCUCUAGUGAUGAAUUCGAUGAGUUUAGAUCGGUUGUUCGGUGUCCUAACGCUCCUUUGAACUAUUCUUCGUCUGUUGAUUUGCAAUUCAACGGAGAUUUAGUGAAGAAGAAGAUGAGUGAUGAUGAGAAGGUUCAUGAUUGGGCCAAAGUUGGUUACGAGGCGGUUAUUGACGGCGACACGGUGGUUGUGUUCGUCAAAGGAUUGACUCGAAGACCUCACAAGGAGUCAGAUCCUUCUUACUACAAGUGUCAGUUCGAGACAGGUGUUGAAGUUUUGGUCACUCAAGCUCUCGCUGCAGCGCAAGAGGUUGUGAGGUGUGUUUUGCCUGAGAGCUUGAAGCUAAAUCCGGAGAUGUUUCGAGUGAGUGUGAUCCACAUCGAUCCUAGAGGAAGAUCCACGCCUGCUUUACCAUCCGUUGCGAGAGUCUACGGUUCAGAGAAGAAGAGUGAGGUGAAGGUGAAGAAGAAGCAUGAGCUUUGUGUUUGCACGAUGCUGUGGAACCAAGCUCCCUUCUUGCGUGAAUGGAUUAUGUACCACUCGUGGCUAGGCGUCGAGCGUUGGUUUAUAUACGACAACAACAGCGACGACGAUAUACAAGAGGAGAUUGAAUUGCUCAACUCGGAGAAUUACAACGUGAGCCGACACGUUUGGCCGUGGAUCAAGACUCAAGAAGCUGGUUUCUCGCAUUGUGCGGUUAGAGCCAAAGACGAAUGCAACUGGGUUGGGUUCUUCGACGUGGACGAGUUCUACUACUUCCCGACUCAUCGCUCUCAAGGCUUACCUAGCAAAAACGCUUUAAGCUCUCUUGUAUCUAACUACACUUCGUGGGGUUUGGUCGGAGAGAUAAGAACCGAAUGUCAUAGUUACGGUCCGUCCGGUCUAACUACAGUUCCAUCGCAAGGCGUGACGGUAGGUUACACUUGUAGACAAGCCAACCCGGAGAGACACAAGUCGAUAAUCCGACCAGAGAUGCUAACGAGCUCGUUGCUCAACGAGGUUCAUCAUUUUCAGAUGAGGGAAGGAGUAGGGCAUAUGAGUUUGGUGGAGAGUGUUGCGGUUGUGAAUCAUUAUAAGUAUCAAGUUUGGGAUACUUUUAAAGCGAAAUUUCAGAGAAGAGUGGCUACUUAUGUUGUGGACUGGCAGGAGAAUCAGAACCAAGGGUCUAAAGAUCGAGCUCCGGGGCUAGGGACCGAGGCUAUUGAGCCGGUUGAUUGGAACAGACGGUUCUGUGAAGUGUGGGAUACUGGUUUGAAGGAUUUGGUUUUGUCUAAUUUUGCUGAUCAAGUGACUGGUUAUUUGCCGUGGCAGAGGCAACAACUACAACAAGAUUGACUUCUUUUUUUUGGUUACUUGGUUUGUGAGAUUUUGUACAUUUGACGAGUAUACACAUUAAUAUUACUUCUUUUGUUAUUUAAUUGUUUUUUUUGUUGGAGAGAAUUGAAAUGGUUUCUAAUUUUGUUUGGUUUAAUAGAGUUUACCACAUUUGUAAAUUUCAAUAUUCUUUUGGGUUCUUUACAUGAAUUAAUAUUUAUUUACUAA